AGAGAGACAGACUGGGGGACAUGGCAUGACACCCCUGAACACUCACUCGCAGGCCCGCGCAGGGAAGGGGAGACCGCAGCAGCCCUGGAGCCUGGAGCUGCAAGAGGGACUCUCCUGGCGGGACCACCUGGAUCCGAAAGCUGCCCCUUCCUGCAGGACGCGAACCCUCCCAGCCCCCCUCCCAGCAUUCUCGGAUCAGAACCCCCCUCCUGGGCGGGCCGGCUCCCGCCCGCCUCGCUGCGGAGCCUGUCCGAGGGGGGCGUGGGGGGGCUCCGCCGGCUUCCCCCGGUGUUUCUGGCUCGGGGGGUUAAAGGGUUUAUACACCCUCAUGGAGCCAAACCACGACUCCCCCCCCACUUGUAUUUUUAUAAAUACAUGUAAGUGGCCUGGGUUUGGAGUAAAAGACAAAAAAGAUACAUAUUGCACUGUGAACAAAGAAACGGCGCUCUCGCGUGGCGGCCCGCUGGGCAGUGUUGUGUCCAGUCCGCAGGCCGGGACUCGUCCCUCGGCGCCGCCCUGCAUCCGCCUCUCCUCGACACCGCACCUCGAUGGGGAAGAACUGGGACUGGCUGGCGAUGGGGCCGAGUUGGACCACGAGGGGGAGGAGAACGCGAUUCCUCUGAAAGCCUGCCCUCGCUUCAUCAGACAGGCGGUCUGGCUGUCCCCGGCUGUGAUUCUGUGUGCGUGUGAGAGAUGGGGGGGUGUCUUUGAAUGCAUGGCCGUGAGUGUGUGUGCACACAAAAGGAGUCUGUUUAAUAUUCAUAUCCAGUACAAAUAUUCCAGCUUCCGGAUUGUUUUUAAGAGAUAUUUUUGGGGGGGGUAUUUUCUUUCCGAACCCUUGUUCAUUUGGACGCUAAGGUGGAAGGAGAGUGCAAUGUGUGCAAACCUAAAAGAGAGCAUGUACUGCAGUUUUUUUAAAUACUGGAUUUUUUUUUUAAAUAAGCAUAAGAUUUGUGGCGGGUGUAUAUCUAGAAGUGAACGUAGGCAGCAAAUGGAUGCAUGCAUAUAUAUUUAUAUGCUCAGAUGCAUUCAUUCGUGUGCCGAUGGAUUGGAACACCUUCAGCUCUCGAGCUGUAAGAACAGGACUGCAUUGCAUUCGUGCAGGUAUUGCUCAUGUUUUGCACACUCACUUUCUGUGACACCGGAUUUCUCUGCAAUAGCUGUGCAAUCUCUUCUGGUUUUGUGCAAUAAGGCCCCUUUGCUUUCGCCCCAGUCAGAGCUGUGCAGUGUAAUGAUCACAAUCCUCUCGCAGAAGGUCCCUAUCUGUUGCUCUUCUGUAAAUUUCACUUCUAACACACUGCUGCUGUCAGUAAUAUACGGUAUACAGUACAUUUUAUUCUCAAGGUUUUUCGGGAGUUUCGGGUGUAGUGUUUUCAUUUCGGAAGCACGUGGAAAUGUACAGGAGCAAUGAGGUGUUGUGAUCAUUUGUCACACUGCUGUGUGUGUGUGUACAGUAUGUGUCUGGAUAUAUACACAGCCAUAACCUGCUUUCUCAAAAUCUGGCUCUGAGGUUAUUACUCUAGAUUCUUUUGGGUUAUAGGAAAUUAGUGCUCAUGAAUAUCCUCCCUGUGUUGGAACCUCAAAGUAUAUAUUACAUGUAAAUGCUUUGGUUGUGCUGGUGUCUUUUAAAACCUUUUGCUCGAAAUAAUCAGAUGGUUGUCAUUGAGAAUCGACCUUGCACAAUCUGGUUUUGCUAAACCGGGUGUUUUCACAACCAAAACUGUGACUGUUUUAUUUGUUAAAGUCAAGCGCCACCUCAGGGGUGCUCAAAGCGAGAGUCUGCUUUUGUAUUGGGUCCUGCGGCUGAUCUGAUCUGGAUUAAAUAAAGGCUGUUUUUUCAGGA